UAUCCCUAUGUGUGCUAACACAACUAAGGAAGACAAAGAUGUUUUCGAUCACUUCAUCAUUCCGAAACAGCCAAUGUUUAGUCCAGCCUUCAUCCUUAUCAUCACAGCUAUCAGUUUAAUGACGGUUGUUCUUGUGAUAGGGUUGGUCUUGGCGUUCCGCAGGAUCCGGAGAGGAUACAAUACCACUCCAACAUUCGAUGCAGAUAUCGAUCUGGACAAGCUUCCAAACAACAUUUCAUAUCACAAGACUGGAGCCGCAUUGAACCCAAAACUAGAAUCUCUGGAGUUUCAGCGAAACGACAUUAUUUACAUUCGGGAUAUUGGACAAGGGGCUUUUGGACGGGUGUUCCAGGCUAAGGCUCCAGGGUUAAUCAAGGGAGGUGAGAUAACUACUGUGGCAGUGAAAAUGCUGAAGGAAGAAGCGAGCCAAGACCUCCAAGGCGACUUUGAGCGUGAGGCUUGUCUUCUAGUCGACUUUGACCACCCCAACAUAGUGAAACUUUUAGGAGUAUGUGCACUGGGUAAGCCCAUGUGUCUGUUGUUUGAGUACAUGGGAAGAGGAGCCUUAAAUGAUUUCCUUCGAUCAUGUCGUAACUACAUAGACCGAACGUCUAAAAUUUGUGAUAUACACCUGAGCCACUGGGACCUGGUCAAUAUGGCCAGACAAAUUGCCGCAGGUAUGGGCUACUUGUCGGAACAAAAAUUUGUUCAUCGCGACCUAGCAACCAGAAACUGUCUGGUCAGUGAAGACAUGGUUGUGAAAAUCUCGGACUUUGGUCUUUCCCAAAAGAUAUACUCUGCUAACUAUUAUAAAGGCAGCGAGCAUGACGCCAUCCCAAUCCGAUGGAUGCCCUUGGAGUCCAUCCUGUACAGCAGGUUUACAGUGGAGUCGGAUGUUUGGGCUUUCGGAGUGGUUCUUUGGGAGAUCUUUUCCUUCGCCCUUCAACCCUAUUAUGGUAUGACGCACGAAGAAGUGGUCACCUUUGUCCAAGAAGGCAAAGUGCUUCCAUGUCCGGACAACACCCCACCCUCAGUCUACACUUUAAUGAAGAACUGUUGGAAUAAGAAACCGAGCAACAGACCUUCCUUCAAAACUAUCUACAAGGCACUUUGUUCUGUACACGAAGAAAUGGUUAAAGUUCAACCUAAAGUCUAGCUGUUGUCCUGAGCUAUAAAUCAGUUCUGUAAGUCAAGCAUCUGGCCGAAAUGUUGUCCAAUGAAAACAUUCUACAAAUCCGUCUGACUUAAUGCUCAGUCCAUAAAUCUUCUACUGUGUCCUUUUAUGUCCAUUCACUGUUCUGCAGCUUUUCUUGCCGUAAAUGGAGAUUUUAGCUCAUGUGAAAUCCUACUUAGUGCAAAUCUUUCUUUUUUUAUGUAUAGUGAUUAGGAAACAUAUUAAGUCCAUAUAUACUCUUGUCUAACUCAAAUCUUUUUGUAUAGUGAUUAGGAAACAUAUUAAGUCCAUAUAUAGUCUUGUCUAACUCAAAUCUCUUUGUAUAGUGAUUAGGAAACAUAUUAAGUCCAUAUAUAUUCUUGUCUAACUCAAAUCUUUUUGUAUAGUGAUUAGGAAACAUAUUAAGUCCAUAUAUAUUCUUGUCUAACUCAAAUCUCUUUGUAUAGUGAUUAGGGCUUAACAUAAUAAGUCUUUCUGCAUAGUUCAAACCUCUUCGCAUAAUGUUUAGAGACUAAGAAAGCCCAACUCACAUACCUUCGUAAUCCUAUCACGUACAGCGGUUAGGAAUUAACCCUGAGAGUCUGUCUAAAUCUAACAAACGUUUCGAAACACAAAAUGAACACAUUACGUCUCAUGUUAUUAUAUUUAAUACAAACAUUAGUUUCACAUUUUCAUUUGUAAACGCACCAACUUCUCCUUUACUAAUGCUGUUGCAUGGCAACCACAGAGUCUUAAAACUGUAAUAAGUUGAAAUAUGCCAUAAAACUCCAUAGUAAGCGAUUUAUUACCAACGUUAAGGCUUACAUUUUCAAUAUAAGCCGGUCACAACCUGUUUUAUUCUGGAACUUCUCUCCUCCAGUUUUCACUAUGUCAUACAAAAACUAAUAUUACAAGGGUUUGUUUCUGAUAAUGUAUUGUCUGAAAGCACAGCACUAAAACAAACAAAAAAAGUUAUGCGUUUUAUUAUUUUUUGAAGAGUCCAAAGUUGUAGCUAUUGCUAUACAGUAGAGGAAAAGUGUCAUUAUAACGAUGACUCGGACUAUUUGUUCAGUGUAUAAAUAUUCGUUGUACUGUUUUGUCGACAUUUGUAUAUUUAAGUUAGAGGAAUAAUCCAGAUGCAUCAUAAAUGUUAUGUUUCUACUUGUUUUAAUAAUUCCAAACCGUUUUCAAGAUUUUAUACCUUUGUUUCUUACUGCAUUCCCAGCCUUGCUGUAACAUUGUCUGUUUCACCAUUACAGAUAAUAAUAAGUACCUUUCUGGGACUUGACCAUA